UUCGUCAUGAACAUUCUGAGUAAGUAGCAACUGCGGCAAAAUGAUCCAAAUGUCUCAACAAAGCCUCACUACCGAGAAUGGCUUUGCGCAAGUUUGUUUCUUUGGUUUGCAGAUCUAUGGACAUGCGCAUAACGGGCAUGGGGUGGUCGCUCACUAACACGUCCUCGUUUUCAAAGCAUCCCCAGCUGCAACAGGAAAAAAAAGUCGAGAUGCACUAAAAGUUUUUAGGGCUUUGACGAGGGAAAGUAAGGAAAACAUAGAAAUGUGUGAAAAGGAGUAUUCAGCGUAAACCACGAUUUCUGUCUUGCUUUUAAACGGACAGAGAUAAGCAUGAUUACUUAGUAUCUGCCUGUUUCAGAGAACGGAAAAGAAACAAAAGUUUGGCGUUUGGGGUAGCCUAAAGUAUGGCGCGAGAGGUUGGAGAGACCGGAGUCAAAGGUUCUGAAGUUAAGAAGCAGAAGAGAAAGAAAAGCAAGAAGGAAGGCAAAACCAGGACUGUACACGCAAAUAUACUUUAUGAUAAUGCCAAAGGAGAAGAUAACCCUAACAGACACUAUGCAGACAACAAGAUUAAAACAACCAAAUAUACUCUGCUCUCGUUCUUGCCGAAAAACCUUUUCGAACAGUUCCACCGAUUUGCCAACGUGUAUUUUGUUUUCAUAGCUUUAUUGAAUUUUGUGCCGGUGGUAAAAGCUUUUCAGCCAGAGUUAGCGCUGGCCCCGGUUGUCUUUAUUUUGUCUGUUACUGCAAUUAAGGAUCUAUGGGAGGAUUACAGGAGACACCGCUCAGAUAAAGAAAUAAAUCAUAUGGACUGUCUUGUCUAUAGCAGGACUGAGAGGUGCUACCUGGAGAAGUACUGGAAGGAGAUCCGCGUGGGAGACUUCAUCCGGCUGCGCUGCAACGAGAUCGUGCCGGCCGACGUGCUGCUGCUCAGCUCCAGCGAUCCUGACCGCCUGUGCCACAUCGAGACGGCCACGCUGGACGGCGAGACCAACCUGAAGCAGCGGCACGUGGUCCGAAGCUUCAUUGACCUGGAUUGUGAGUUCGAUCCAUUCAAAUACAACAGCAUCAUUGAAUGUGAGAAGCCUAACAACGACCUGAACCGAUUUCGAGGUUACAUAAUCCAUCGCAGUGGCCGGAGGGACGGUCUAUACAAAGAGAGCCUGCUACUAAGAGGCUGCACCGUACGCAACACAGAGGAGGCCGUCGGGAUCGUCAUCUAUGCCGGUCAUGAGACGAAAGCCAUGCUGAACAACAACGGGCCUCGCUACAAGCGUAGCAAGCUGGAGCGGCAGAUGAACGUGCACGUGUUCUGGUGUGUCAUCAUCCUGCUGGUCAUGUGCCUCUUCACGGCCAUAGGUCACGGGCUUUGGCUGUUUCAGUAUGGAGAUAAGCGCCCCGUGUUUGACGUCCCCAGCCCUGAUGGAAGGGACUUAUCGCCCGUGCUGUCAGCCAUUUAUCUGUUCCUCACUAUGAUUAUCGUGUUCCAGGUCCUGAUCCCCAUCUCCCUGUUCGUGUCUAUUGAGAUUGUGAAAAUAUGCCAGGUGUACUUCAUACACCAGGACAUGGAUCUGUACGACGAGGAGACGGACUCCCACCUGCAGUGCCGGGCUUUGAACAUCACAGAGGACCUAGGCCAGAUGCAGUACAUCUUUUCUGACAAGACUGGCACGCUGACCGAGAACAAGAUGGUGUUUCGCCGUUGCACUGUGGCUGGAGUGGAGUACUCCCACGAUGCCAAUGCAAAAAGGCUGGCCAUGUAUCAGGAAGUAGAUUCGGAGGAAGAGGAUUGCACGUCCCAUGGCGGUACUUUGCCUAGACGUGAAAGUGUGACCAGCCAUCAGAGUGCCAAGGUGGUGCUGCGCUCGCAAAGCACCAAAUCCCACCGCCGGACAGGAAGCCGUGCCGAGGCCAAGAGAGCCAGCAUCCUCUCCAAGCACACCGCCUUCAGCAGUCCCAUGGAGAAAGACAUCACCCCGGACCCGCAGCUCUUGGAUAAAGUGAACGACGGCGCGAGCCAGAUGGACUUCAUGCGUUUCCACAGCCAGGCUCUCAGCCAGAUCCCUUCCGACCUCUCUGACAUCAUCGACUUCUUUAUCGCUCUCACCAUCUGCAACACCGUGGUUGUGUCCUCCCCCAACCAGCCCAGACAGAAGGUGCGGAGGUUCGAGCUGAAGUCUCCUGUGAAGACCAUCGAGGACUUCAUCAAGCGCUUCACGCCCAGCCGCCUGACGUCCGGCUCCAACAGCAGCAGCUUGUCCAGCCUGGUCACCAACCGCUCGUUCUCGCAACGCGCCUGCUCCAGCUUCCUGUCCUCGCCGUCUGCAGAGAGCACGCUCACCAAGCUGAACGAGGAGCGGCAGGCGGCCACCAACAGCGCCGCCGCCGCUUCCAACGUCUCCGCCAGCGGCAUCAGUACACUGGAUCACGCUUUCAGCCCUGUACCGGCCUCCGUGGAAGGAGGAAAGUCGCCCUGGGCGGUGGAGGAGGGCGAGCUGCGCUACGAGGCUGAGUCGCCAGACGAGGCGGCGCUGGUGUACGCGGCCCGUGCCUACAAGUGCUCCCUGGUGGGUCGUUUACCGGACCAAGUGACAGUGGAGCUGCCUCACCUGGGGAAGCUCACUUUCGAACUUCUGCAUACACUGGGCUUUGACUCGACCCGGAAGCGCAUGUCGGUGGUGGUCAAGCACCCACUCACUGACCAGAUUACCGUCUACACCAAAGGAGCCGAUUCAGUCAUCAUGGACCUCAUCACACCUCCCCGCACAGAUAAUCCCAAGGGAAAGCGGCAGAAGAAAAUCCUGCACAAGACCCAGAGCUAUCUGAAUCUCUAUGCAGCAGACGGACUGAGAACCCUCUGCAUCGCCAAAAAGGUCCUCAGUAAGGAAGAGUAUGGCCGCUGGCUGCGGGGUCACCUAGAGGCGGAGACGUCCAUCCAGGGCAGAGAGCAGCUGCUGUUUGAGUCGGCCCUCAGACUGGAGACCAACCUGCAUCUCUUGGGAGCGACAGGGAUUGAGGACCGGCUGCAGGACGGAGUCCCUGAGACCAUCGCCGCUCUGAGGAAGGCCGGCCUGCAGAUUUGGGUGCUGACUGGAGACAAGCAGGAGACGGCCAUCAACAUCGCCUACGCCUGCAAGCUGCUGGACCCCGAGGAGGAGAUCAUCACCCUCAACGCAGACUCCCAGGAGGCCUGUGCCGUCCUGCUGGAGGAGAGCCUGCACUACAUCCAGGCCAAGUUCCUGUGCGGCUCCUCGCCCGAGCACAGCGCCGCCAAGGCUUACCAGCAGCAGCAGCAGCAGCAGUUCACCACCUUCCACCUGUCCCCUUUCUCCUGCUCGCCCUCCCACUCCGCCUCCUCCUCCUCCUCUUCCUCCUCGGCGGGCACGGGGCCGUUCCUGGUGCACCGGCUGGGCCUGGUGAUCGACGGGCGGACGCUGGCCUACGCGCUGGACCGGAGCCUGGAGGACAAGUUCCUGGCGGUGGCGCGCAGCUGCCGAUCGGUGCUGUGCUGCCGCUCCACGCCGCUGCAGAAGAGCAUGGUGGUAAAGCUCGUGCGCAACAAGCUCAAGGUCAUGACCCUGGCCAUAGGUGAUGGGGCUAAUGAUGUCAGCAUGAUCCAGGUUGCUGAUGUCGGCGUAGGCAUCUCUGGACAGGAGGGAAUGCAGGCAGUCAUGGCCAGUGACUUUGCGCUCCCCCGCUUCCAGUACCUGCAGAAGCUGCUGCUGGUUCACGGCCACUGGUGCUACUCCCGGCUGGCCAACAUGAUCCUCUACUUCUUCUACAAGAACGCGAUGUUUGUGGCGCUCAUCUUCUGGUUCCAGUUCUACUGUGGAUUCUCCGGGUCGGCCAUGAUCGAUCAGUGGUAUCUGAUCUUCUUCAACCUGAUGUUCUCCGCCUUCCCUCAGCUCAUCACCGGCACCCUGGACAAAGACGUGUCAGCUGAGACCCUCCAAGAACUACCUCAGCUCUAUAUGAGCGGACAGAACUCAGAGGAAUAUAAGCCAUAUAUGUUCUGGAUGAACAUGAUUGAUGCCUUUUAUCAAAGCCUAGUCUGUUUCUUCAUUCCCUAUUUUGCGUAUGCUGACUCCAAUGUGGACUUGUUCACGUGGGGGACUCCCAUCACCACACUAGCCUUGUUCACCAUCUUACUCCACCUGGGCAUUGAGACCAAGACAUGGACGUGGAUGAACUGGGCCUCCAUCAUGUUCAGCGUGUCCCUCUUCUUCACGGUGGCCCUGUGCUACAACGCCUCCUGCCCCACCUGCUACGCCCCCUCCAACCCCUACUGGACCAUGCAGAGGCUGCUGGGAGAUCCUCUGUUCUACCUGCUGUGCAUUAUAACCCCGUUCACCGCUCUCCUGCCCAGAUACUUCUACAGGGCUUGUCAGGGUUCGCUGUUCCCCAGCCCCGUCCAGGUCGGAAGGCAGUUGGACACGCUCCCGACGGAGAUACGGAGGAACCUCCUCAGUCUGAACUGGAUGAAGGUGGGCUCUCUGGGCUCGCUGUUCGGGCCCCGGCCCUCCUUCUUCCCCUUCUCCGCCUCGUUCCCCAAAGGCUGUGGGCCGAGGUCACAGCAACCUCACUCCACUGCCUCCUCCUCCUCUUCAUCUUCCUCCUCCGCUUCUUCGUCCUCCAAGAAACCGGAGGCAACAGGCAGCGCUGUGAACUCUAAUGGCCAGGAGACAUGGAACAGCUGCCAGGGCUCCAAGCAAACAGUCAAGCAGAGCUCCUGCGCUGGUGUCCAACAGCAGGACCGGGGGCAGCCACACCAGCAGGCCUCAGGCCCUCCACUCCUCCUCUCCUCCUCCUCCCUCUCCUCCUUCUGCCACCCAGGCAGCAAAGGGGAUUCUCUGUGCCCCCCCCCGACUGACACCAACACCCUGCCUUACACCAAAGAGCCCAGCAGGCCCGGGGAGCCGCCAGACCCCCCCGCCUUCGAGGAGGUGGAGCAGCUGGCGGACUUCAGGCCGCUGGGUUGGAUGACCUCCACCCCGCUGCUGGUGCUGCCACCUCAGCCAGAGGGCGCGGCCAGCGGUGCUCAGGGCGGAGCCCACCGGCGGGACUUUGAGGGCGAGGCCAGCCCCAUGCACAGGCUCCUCCCCCAAGAGGGCGGGGCUCACCACGCCCAGAGCUCAGACUGUGAGAAAGAGCACGCCCUCAAAACAACUCUACUCUGAUGCAUUCUACACUUUUUUUCCCAUAUUAUGCAGAUUCCGUUUUGCACGUUAGUUUUCAGAAAUUUUUAUUCUAUUUUUCAGGAGAAUUAUUUUAUAAAAGUUAUAGAUGGGUACUAUACAUAUAUAUAUAUAUAUGUGUGUAUAUAUAUAUAUACGUUUUAUAGGUGUACAAAGUGAAACCAAGUAAGGAGAUAUUUUGUGAGAUUUAGGUUAUGCUUCUGUAACUGGAGGGUUUCCAUUUGUAUGUAUGUGUGUGUGUUGUGUUUUUAUCGCUGGAAUGCCUUGUUUUAUUUAAGUCCCAUCUCAGAACUAAAGGCGGUGUUUGUUUCUGUAAGAGUCUACGCAGAAUCAUCCCGUUAUCAGUGUGUUCAGAUGUGCUUGUUCUGGCUUGGGCUUUGAAUCCCACACAUGUUUGCAGACCUUGGUUCCCUGUUUGGGUCUAGAUAGCGCCCCCUUCAGCUGUUCCUGCUUAUCUCUCUCUCUCUCUGUCUCUCUCUCUGUGUCUCUGUCUCUCUCUCUGUCUCUGUAAGAACAGCUGAAGCUCCACCACUGCUAACCCUUUACUUCGUCAGGGCCUCUAAGUGUGCCUUAACCUCCCCAUCGUUGACACCAAAUUAAAACGGCAUAAUUUAUGUGUGGUUUCUGACACCAGUUUUAGCAGGAAAGCUCAGCUUUAGCGAGCUCCUUUCGCCUGAACUGACUUACUGGGGAGGGAGGGAGCCCGCCCCGUGUUAGGAGCACAAGUACACACAAGAGCUUGGUGAUAUUCCAGUGAAACUUGAAAUUGAAUCUAAGGAGCUCGCCAGAGAUGCCUGCCUUACCCUGCUGAGCAGGGGAGGGGGAGCCUCAGGGCAGACCAAACUCUUUCUUAUUACCCCUAAGGGCUCUCUUAGCAUUCACUGAUACCAACAUUUGGAUUGUCUUGUCUUUAAUACUUGCUGCUUCCCCCGGUGAGAUAAUAUAUAUGUAUGUAUGUAUGUAUGUAUGUGUAUUUUAAAUAGAGUAAGUAAAGCUAUAUUGCAGUACAGACAGGUAUUGAUAUAUUAGUUAUAUUCACAGUACUUUCUGUGCAGUAAGCUAGGUUCCAUGUCCAGUUGCCAUUGUCAUUGUAGACUUUAUAUCUGAACAUAUGAAACCUAUCGGCCCACAUGGAGGAGACCAGCGAGACCGGCAUUCACACUAUUGGGAGUUUUGAAGGGAGUCAAGGAUGGUAGUCUUUUACCCUGUGCCACACAUUGUUUUUUCCACUCACCAUCAUGUGUCCUAAAAGUUCAUGCUAAUUCCAUAUCCUGUUAGCAUGUGUGUAAACUAUUCAGUGUCUUUUUUGGGGUGUGUUAGCUCGUUAGCUUGCCACCACUGUUGUUCAUGUUCUGAACUAUGGUUUAGGAUGAAACUUGAUUUUACCUGUCCUUAAAUCAUCUGUUAGCAUUAGCAUCCCAAAGUAAAGGUUUCCGAACACCACUCUGUCUGGCCAUCACCAUUUCAUCUGUUAUUUUUUUAUAAAACAACAUAAAUAUUAUUGUGCGUUUUAACAGUGCUUUUUUGGUCGCUAACCCUCAAAAUAUGUAGCCCUCAACUCAGAACGGAGGUGGGAUCAUUUGGCCUUUGAGGAUUUCACAAGUGAACACUGUCAAAAAUGGAGCGUAGGGGCAGUGAUGGUGCUAUGUAUCACGUUGUUAAGAGGGAGAAAUUGAAUUAUGAGUGAAAUGCAUGCACACUCAAAAAUGACUUGCAGGACAGAAAAGUCGUUUGUUUGUACGAGAUGUUCAGCAUUUCAGCUUUUCACAUUUCAUUUCAGCCAGGUGGAGGUGCACGUUUCUUUUUUCUUUUCCUUUUUUGUUAUCGAUUGCUAAAUAUUUAUUCUCGUAACGUCUGAGCUGGGAAAAGUCAGUUGCCAAAUCUAUGUUAUCCAUUGUUAUAGAAUUUGCACAGUGUUGAACAUCAGCAGGGCAAUGCUUCAAAGUUAGAUUUCAAUGUACUCAUUUUGUACACCUUUUUUUUGUCUUUGAAUCCAAAGGACCACCAUCUUUUAAUGUUCUUUAAGAGUCUCUAUGAUGACUCCGAAGGGAUUCAAUACCAAAGAUAUUCCUUCUCAUCUCUCUGACCUUUGUGUUCCUCUUAAACAUGUUCAUGUUGAACCUGUAAAAACUCAGUGGCUUGUUCUAAAAUCAUUCCAUGUUUAUCAGUAAGGAAAAGGUCGAAGGUCACUGCCGUGCCUUUGGUUGUCCUCGACCCUCACAGACGAAUAUGCCACGCCCACAUGGAUGAUUGACAGGCUGACGUUGCAUUCUGGGAUGGGAGCAUUUUAAGCCGUUGCGCAUUUGCCAGGCCUCUGUGUUUCUGUCAAGUCUGACCGAAUGCCUAACGAAUCUUGGCAUGUUCAGACAUCUUGAGCACUAACCAAAAAGUUGUUAUAUUUUGAUAGACGUUCCUGGAGAAACCUGGCCAGCUAUCUGUGUUCACAGUGCACACGAGCCAAACUAGCAGGCCCUCUGAAGGUGUGUGUGUGUGUGUGUGUGUGUGUGUGCACUGCCGUCAGCAGGUCCACAACGUAACAUCACGUGCCUUAAACACUGGACGCAAAAAAAGCCUUAAAGUCCUUUUACCUUUUGACUGGAUCGUAAAAAAUCAAUAAAUGCAAUUGAUUACAUAUGAGACCUGAAAGUGCAUUAUUCAGCUGUAUUUCUGUAUGUUUGUGGCGAGGGGUUGGCAUUUGUCCACUCUCUGCUGUCCCAGAUUCCAGGUCUGUCGGUGCCUGGCUGGGCUUCCCAUGAUUUUAACACAAAUCAGUCACUGAUGCGUUCCAAAGCUACUGCUCUCACUCACACAUGAUGGGCUGUUCUCACAGGAAUAUUAAUUAUUUCUUCUUCUCUCACACACACUCACACUCUCUCUCUCUCCGUCUGUCUGUGUCUUUCUCUCUGUCUUGCUUUCUCUCUCCUCCUUCAAUUGCAUUUGAAUUAAGAGAGUAUGAGUGUGUGUUUUGUUUAGUGGUUGUUCAAAUUUACACAGUUUGCUGGGGUUUUUUCCCCUCCCUUUCCCAUAUCCAAACUAAGUUUUGAGGUCUUUAUACUGUAUUGGUCUUGCUCACUGUUUACAGAGAUUUAAUGUUUCGCCCUUUUUUUGCCUUUCUUUCUUUUUUGGCCGUCAUUUGUUGGGAAGCACUCAUUUUGAACCGCUGUGUCACCCUGGGUCUGGAAGUAAUGUAUUCAUUACGACUGUGCUGUUGUCUCCUGUCAAGAACAAUUCUUUCAUUUGUUUCUUAAAUUAAAUAAAUUGAUGAGAAUA